AUGGCCCCGAAUAUCAAACCAAAAUAUCCAGAAGCAAAACACGCGAAUUUUCAGGACUGGAAUCAUGCCACAGCAGCGCGGCAAGGUUCUUCAAAUCAAACAACAAAUUGUCCGGCACCACCAGAAGCGGUAAUGAUCCAACCACUAGCCGAAGAUUAUAUCCCAUCAUUCUUCUAUUCCAACUCAUGGACCGCGUCCAUUCUCUCCUCACCAGGUUUCUACCCGAUUCGCACCUGGUCCCGAAUUGAAAAACCUACAGAAGAUGGACUUUUUGCAAAAACACUGGCCACUGGAGCUACAAUUCCAUACUGCGUGACGCUUCGUCGCCAAGAUAACAUAUUGGAUGCUGGCUCACAGGCGACAACGCAGCCUCCCUCUUGGUUGAAUACGCCAUCAUCGUCAUCGUCUACAACAGGACCUCCGUCUAUAGAUCCGCCAGAUAUUGUCAUGAUUCUUGCUGUGUCGGAUAUAGGGACCUGUAGCUAUGCAAAUACUGCGCACGGCGGCUUCCUAGAUACUGUGCUAGAAGAGGCCAUGUCUUUAGUUGUUGCGUUACACGUCUCUCAGUCAGCAUUCUGGCCAACAUCACCUCGAGACACUGUACAGAAGCUACCUCGUGGGAAUAUGCAUGCCGCACAACUGGACACUAGAUACAAGGGCCACGUAUCGGUUCCAGGUAUACUGGUUGUCCGUGCCAAGCUAGUGAGAAAAUUAGGUAGGAAGUAUUGGAGCAGAGCGCAAAUUAUACAGGAGGAUGAUUAUGUGAAUAAGGGGGAGCACGGUGUUAGCAAAGUGAAGAAUAAGACGACCAGAGUAGAUUCUAUGGCGUUUUGGCUCGGAUCAAAGGACAACGCUCAGUUGUAG